AUGGAUAGCAAGAUUAAUGCUGAAUUGAACAUGACUGACACCCAGAAGGAAGCUCCAAAAACGAUGAGAAGUGCAUUGAAGAAAUCUGCCAAGCAAAAAGGUAAAGUGACGAAUAUCAGUUCAUUCCCAGACGAACUGGAUUCACCACCUGUUAUUUCCUCUCCAUUAUUGAAAUCAACUCCUCCAACAGUAUCCAAGGCUUUGAUAAACUUGUAUCCAUAUUUGAUAGUUGCUGAUACAUUCUUAAGUUAUCUAACAUGGUCUAACGACAAUUUUGAACAUAAUUUGCUUUUCAUUCUGGGAUACAUGAUUGCAGUCACCAAUUUCCAACUAAUUAUAAAAUAUUUUAGUCACUUGAUUAUUAUUGGAAUAAUAUGGCUAUAUUCUUUAAUUGAUAAAAAUGUUGAUGACACAGUUGAUUCACAUCCAAGUUUGGAUGAUAUCAUACACAUAAUGACGAGGGUAUCGAAGAAAUGUAAAAUAAUUUUGGUGCCAAUUGAUGCCUUGAGUUCUCAAGAUAUAAAAAGGUUUUUAUUCACGACAAUUUUUCUUUCCCCGGUCUAUGUCAUCAUAACUAUGUUUAUUUUAACUCCAAGUAAGUUGGUUUUAAUAAGUGGAGUGUUUGUACUUACUUUCCAUUCACCUUGGUGUAGAAGUGCAAGAAACUAUCUUUGGGGUGUUAAGUUAUUCCGAAUCUUUAUGUUUUAUGUCACAGGUUUGGAUUUAUGUGGUUUACAAAAGCAUAGAGGGACAGUUGCAAAAGUUAAUAGAGAGAUGAGAACAAACUCUAAAUCUGGUCGAAGAAAUUCAGUUCUUUCAAAUCCUUUGCGUGGAAGUGAUGAGAAGACGCCGAAGAAGGUCAAAUUUACAUUUGUUCUGUUUGAAAAUCAGAGAAGGUGGUUAGGUAUAGGAUGGACUUCAACUAUGUUAAGUUAUGAAAGAGCAUCAUGGACUGAUGAAUUCUUAAAUCAAGUUCCAGACCCCCAACAUUUCACGCUACCGCAGGAACAUACGGGGGAAUUUGAGUGGAGAUGGAUUGAUAAAUCAUGGAAGUUAGAUAUGACGAAUGAUGGAGCUAUACAAUUACCAAGUUCUGUCCCAAGAAGGGUGACGAAUCCAGAUCCUAAUACGGGUUUUAUCUACUACGAUAACACGUGGAAGCACCCAUCAACAGACGAUGUAUUUUCAAGAUAUACAAGAAGAAGAAGGUGGGUUAGAAAUGCCGAAUUGAUUAAUUUAACAAUUCCUUCCGAUGAUGAGAGAGAGGAAGAUAUACCGUCUGGUGUUAGUGGUUCUCCUACAAAUGGAAUGAAUUUGACUCUUCAAGAGAUAGACUCUCAAUCCACUGGCAAUGGUCCUCUCAGAGAUAGAAAGGUUUCGUUUAGUGAGGUCAAUAACGUUCGCAUUAUACCGUCAGAUGAUGAGAAGCUAUCUGGUACCAUAUAUGAAGACAGUCAAGAAGAUACAUUUAAACAACUGGAUUCGUCUGAGGACCCCAAUAAUGAUAGGGGAGAUGAGGAUGACCUUAGUUUAGCAGAGUGA